AUGGUGAGAUUCGAGAAUGUCCCUUUACUGUUAGGAUUAGUUCUGGUUAUAACUCUGGCCGGAGCUCCUCCGACAAAAGCCGCUGGACCUGUUUGCCGUGACGCUGAGAAGUUUAGCAGAGCUAGCUUCCCUGAAGGCUUCCUUUGGGGAACCGCGACCGCAGCGUUUCAGGUAGAAGGAGCUGUUGACGAAGGUUGCAGAGGGCCAAGCAUGUGGGACACUUUUACUAAGAAAUACCCAC